ACCGCGCCAGACCCUCCGGACAGUUUCAGCUGAUCCAUGUCAACACGUCGUCGCGGAGCUUUCUAGAGAGGACGCCUGAAGGGAGAAGGAGACCUAGAGCCAUGCCUGAGGUAGACCAGAGUAAGGAAGUGAAAGUGGAGAAGGUGCAGGAGGUGGAGGUGGAAGGAAAAGUUGAGGAGGACGUCUCAGAGGAAUGGCUUGAUGUUUUAGGAAGUGGAGACCUCAAGAAGAAGGUGAUAAAACCAGGAAUAAUUGACUCAAGACCAGUGAAAGGUGACACAGUUAUAGUCCGAGCAACUGGAAGGCUGGAAAAUGGCAAAGAAGUGGAUGUUCACGAUGAACUUACAUUCACAGUUGGAGACAGUGAGGUAGUACUUGGAUUGGACAUGAUUGUGCCUCUGAUGGAUAAGGGAGAAACAGCAGAAGUUUAUAUUGGUGCCAGAUUUGCCUAUGGUUCAAAAGGGUUGCCUCCAAAUAUCCCACCAGAUGUCCCUCUAAUCUACACCAUUGAAAUCUUAGACAUGUCCCCUGAUGUGGAGCCCGACUCCUUACCGAUCCCAAAACGGAUGUCUAUAGGGAAUCGUAAGAGAGAGCGUGGCAACUGGUGGUUUAAUAGGGAAGAGUAUGCAACUGCCAUUCAGUGUUAUAGUGCAGCUGUUGAUUAUCUAGAUGAUGCAACAGAGGAGUAUGGGGAUGAAGUGAGGGAUGAAGUAAAGCCUUUGUUGGUGGAGAGACUGAAAGCCCUCAACAAUAUGGGUGCUGCUCAGAUCAAAGUGGGUGCCUAUGAGGUUGCACUGAAGUCACUUGAAGCUGUGUUGAGGUGCCAGCCCAAUAAUGUAAAAGCAUUGUUUAGAAAAGGAAAGGCACUGGGUCUUCAAGGAAAAUUUAAAGACGCUGUCACAAUACUAAAAACUGCCCUGGAAUUGGAGCCUGAGUCCCGCCUCAUUCACCAAGAACUGGCAAGGGUCCGUGAAAAGGCCAGAGAAGAGGCAGAAUCUGAGAAGAGCUUGUACAGGAAGAUGCUGGGUAUAAAGAAAGAAUAUUUGCAGGAGGACCAGCGGUACCCCGUCAUCAAAAGUUUCCCUUGGAGGGAGUGGUUUGUAUUAUUUGUUACGCUGUUAGUACUUCUAAUAGCUUACAAGUACCGAGAUCUGAUACUGGGGAUCUUCCAGUGAGGGGGAAUAAAGGUUAUUGUAUGUAAGUUGGCUGCUGAAGUGGCUUUGUACUUACCAUAUUAUAUAUGAAAAUUUUAGGCCUUGUAUUUUUGAUGAUUUAAAUAUUUUUGGUUAUGCUAGUGCAAUAUUACUCAAACUAUCUGAUGUGGCAAACCAGUAAGGCUUUUUCUUCCCAACAGGCCAGAGACUGGUUACUUAUAUGUGCCAUAUUAUUAUUUGUUUACAGUCUGGAAGACAAAAAAAUAAUAUUCAUAUUAAUAUUGAAGUAUAUCAGAAUUUUGAUAUUUAUUAUUUUUUCUUAAAGUAAAUUACACUUGAGGCACUCUGUAGCAGCCAUUGGUUUGCUUACUGAAGCCAUCAAACUACACCUUGGGUAGCACUGCCUUAGGGGUCUUCAUGUGCUGUUGCUGUUUGAUAGAUAAAGUGAAUUUAAUGUAUGUAUAGAAUGACAGCAGAUUGAUUCUUUGCAGCUAUAGAUUUACAAGUAAAAAUUAAUUAUAAGUCAUGGUUAUGUGAUGUAGGCUCAUAUGUUUUUGUAAGUGACUUGCAAAAGAUACAUUUUUUCUGUUCCUAUUGAUUUUGCUAACAUCACAUGACAAUAAUCGGCAGUGGUAAAGUGCCAUUAUCAUGUAAUAGGAGUUGAUGGUUUGAAAUUCACUCCCAGGUUUUGUGUAAUAUGAACUCAUGCCCCACAAAAUAAUGCUAAUACUCCAAUUCACCCUCUCCUCAUUUUUAAAGAGAACUGGCUAAUAACUUACUGCUAUUUGACAGGGUAGAUGGUAAAUCUUGCCAGGGCUGUUGCAUGAGGUGUUCUUUAUUAAUGUGACCAGGGUGCUAAAUCAUUCACUCUUGAGUUUGAUGAGUAGUCUUCAGAUGUGGUAAGGAGAUAGGACAAAGCAGUAGGAUAUUGGUGUUACAUGUACUAGUACUUGUGAAAUCGAAGAUUGGAGUUCUACAUUUGCUAUUCAUAUUUUGCGAUGUUGGAGAAGUGUGUGAAUAUUGAUUUCCAAGAUCAGUACAGCCUAUACUUGUAGUAACAGCAACUCCAUCCCCUUCACCUCCAGUCAAAUUAUUCUAGUUGGUACAGGUAUUUGUUAUAGAAUUUUUACUUUGAUACUAUAAACUUUUUUAAAUAGUAAAAGUCUUCGUAUCUACAGAAGCAAACAAAAUAGUUGCUUUGUCAUUUAAAUACAUUUUAUGGUAAUAUCCAGUAUAGUAUACAACAUGAUGUUCAGACUAUACUGCUCCAAGGUUGGCUGUCAAGUGAAGGUAAAUUUCAUGGCACUGGAGCUAAGACAUUGAUACAAGAAAGGGAGGGUGCCAUGGGUGGAUACAGCUGGGCAGCCACUUGCAUGUAAGAUAAGCUGAUCAUUUAGAAGGAUUCAUUAAAAAUAGCUAUAUAAAUAAACUGAUACUGAUAAAGACAUAUUAGAUAUCUUUUAUAUUUCAGUAGAAAAGAGAAUAUUUGAAAUAAAAUGAUUUUGUGAAAUAAUGCUAAAGUAGAGGAAAGUUAGUAAAUAAAAUGUUUUUUCAGCUCAUACACUGAAUAUAUUUAAAAGUUUCUCAAUAUUUUUUUUGAGAUUUAUAGGUUUGUACAUUUAGGGUGCCAAAAUGGGGAUAAAAAAUAGGUUGUCUGAAAUUUUAUGUAGAUUUGGUCUUAGAGAAAGAGGUUGAAAAAAUGGAGAAAGAGAUGUUGAAGAUAGAUAGAUAGAUAGAUAGAUAGAUAGAGAGAGAGAGAGAGGUUGAAGAUAUAGAGAGAGAAGUUGAAAGAUAGAGAGAAAGAGCGGGAGAAGGAGAGAGGGGGGAGGGAUGGAGGGAGAGAGUGAGGGAGGUUGAAAGAAAAAAGUGUACAGAGAGAGAAUGAUGAUGGGUUCAAUUGGAUACACUUAAGGUAGAGCCAUUGUAAAAUGAUCAUUAGUGGAAUUUUUACAAGCAAAUUAUUCCAAGGUUUCCUACAUCAUGUUGGCAAAAGUUUAUCACAAAACAUUCAAUUUUUAUUUAUAACUUUCAUGGAAUGGCAGUGGGGAAUGGUGAAUCUUAACCCACAAAAGCACACUUUUCUAUGAUUACUCACAAAUCUAUUGCACAGAGAUUUCCUUCACCACUUCCGAUGACUUCAAAAAGUGGAUUUCCCUGGUGGUUCUGGGAUCUCCAUACUAUUUCAAUAAAACGUUGAUUACGUAAUUAUUUAAGAACUGUAGAUGUUUCCUUUGACGGUGCUUUUU